GCGUUCAUCCAAAUUUACUCACCGAGCCACCAUGCGGUACAUUCACGUGCGGUGCUAGGAAGCUGAAGUCCAUCUAUCCCAGCGUUCAAAGGGCUUUACGAUUCGUUUCUCGCUCUUGCUCUGGUCGCUACCGUCAACGAACCAUCGAAUCCGAUCCGAGAUGUCUCCACCUCCGUCGAAACCGAUCGCUGCGGCGGCCGGCAUGCUGAGGAGCCGACUGAGGGCGGCGGCGCGCACGAGGGGCGGUGGCGGCGGUGAGGGGGCGGGCCGGUGGACGAGCCCGGGGACGCAGGAGCGGCCGAACGGAUACCUCUUCAACCGGACGCCGCCGCCCCCGGGGGAGUCGCGGAAGUGGGAGGACUGGGAGCUCCCGUGCUACAUUACCUCCUUCCUCACCAUCGUCAUCCUCGGCGUUGGCCUAAACGCCAAGCCCGACCUCACCCUCGAGACCUGGGCGCACCAGAAAGCCCUCGAGCGCCUCCAGCAGCAACAGCAGGUCGCCUCCGAUGAGUGAUCGCCGGCCUCGAUCGCCUCCCUUAAUCGGUCCCCGGAAUAGGAGGGAGUCCCACCCAUAUAUGACUACCGGAAGUGGUGCAAGUCCCUCCUGUAUACAUGACAAAAUCUUGCGGAUCAUACCUUUUCAAGACUCAUAACCUGGACCUCCGUUUGUAAGCCAAGGUGUACAACCACCGAGGGAACACAAGUCAUAACAAUUGGAAAAGUCAGAACUUGUUUAGAUCUAUAGUCUUUCAAUUGGAUUGAGUAAUGGGGGCCUUUCAUAGCAAUCAAAUCGUUCUACUUAGUAACAAAAGGUUUUAGGUUCUAGUUUGGAUGUGCAUCUCCAGGUAUUUAAGCCUAGAUUGCGCAGCUUGAUCUUCUUCCCUUUCUUUCAAAAAAAAUUAAUAAAGAGAUUGGUUUUUAUCUACCUA